GUUCAGUGCAAAUAUGAGGGCUUUGCUUUUAUGUUGCGUCGCAGUGGCGGCGCUGGCCUACGUCAGCUGCCGGGAGGUGCCGCGGGAGAAGCGCAGUGCGGACCUGGAGGAGGCCGCCAGCCACCACGGCGGCAAGUGGGACAAGGGCGGCGGCCACGAGCACCACCACCAUCACCACCAUGACCACGGGGAGAAGGGACACAAAGGCUACAAGGGCCACCACCACCACGAACACGGCAAGAAGGGACACCACCAUCAUGAAGGACACAAGGGACACCACGAUGAGCACGGCGGCCACAAGAAACACCACCACCACGAUGAUGGCCACCACCACGAGCACCACCACGGCGAGAAGGGCCACAAAGGGCAUGGCCACCAUGAGGAGGGACAUUAUCACAAAGGCCACUCCACCAAGGGUCACCACGGUGUCCACAAGCACGACGAGUUCAAGAAGGAGAAGCACUUCCAUGAUCACCAUCAUGACGGCGGUCAUCAUGAGCAUCACGGUGGUCAUCACGAAGAACAUGGUCACAAGAAGGGCGGCGGUCACCACAAGGGACACAAGCACCAUGGCCACCAUCAUCAUGAACACGGCAAGGGCGGACACCACGAGAAGGGAGGACACCAUCACGACCACAAAGGCCACCACGAUGAGGGCGGCCACCAUGAGCAUCACCAUCAUCAUCAUGACCAUGGCAAGAAGGGCGGUCAUGAGGACCACAAGCACUGGGGUCACAAGAAGGGACACUAAACUAUUGAUGCCAGCAUAUACGAUUAGAACCAAAUUAAUUAGUCCUUAUUAUCUAGUUUCUCUAGGUUUUCUAAUUAAGCACAAUGUGUUAAGUUUUCGUUGAAAGUGAUGUUGUUAUUAAAAAAAUAUUGACAAAG